ACUCCCUCCUCCCUCUAGUCCGUCUUCUGCGCGUGGGCUUGGCUCGCGCCUCCCUUCUCGGCAAGAUGGCGGCUUCUAGCUGUAGCGCGCCUGGCCUCUGGGUCCGGGGUUCCUGGCAGCGUCUGGGGACUCUCUUCACUUUCGUCUCAAAGCCACUUUGUUCCGCUGCUGCUGCCUCUCGGCCCCUGGAUGCGCAGCGAUUAGCGGAGAGGCUUCGAGCCCAGAAACAGGAACAAAAGACGAAGAAGCCGGUGCCCACAAACCCUAUUCAGCGGAGAGUGCAAGAACUACUGCGGUUCACAGAGCAGCUGCAGCGCGUCCACCCCAACGUGCUUGCUAAGGCGCUGAGCCGAGGACUUGUCCACCAGGACAAGGACCUUGUGGUCAUCAAUAAGCCCUACGGUCUCCCUGUGCAUGGUGGCCCUGGGGUCCGGCUCUGCAUCAGUGAUGUACUGCCUGUCUUGGCGAAGAUGCUUCGCGGCCACAAGGCAGAGCCCUUGCAUCUGUGCCAUCGGCUGGACAAGGAAACUACAGGCGUAAUGGUGUUGGCUUGGGAAAAAGAAGUGGCGCAUCAAGUCCAAGAGUUGUUUAGAACCCGUCAGGUGACAAAGAAGUACUGGGCCGUCACGAUGCGCGCCCCGGUGCCCUCAGCAGGAGUCGUGGACAUUCCCAUCAUUGAGAAGGAGGUGCAGGGCCAGGAACGACACCACAAGAUGACGCUGUCCCCGAGCUACUGCAUGGACAAUGGGAAGAUAGUGAGGGUACGGACCAACAGGAACGCACACCUGGCUGUGACUCAGUACCAGGUGCUGAGCAGCACUCUCUCCUCCGCCCUCUUGGAGCUCCAGCCAAUUACCGGAAUAAAACAUCAGCUUCGAGUUCACCUGUCUUUUGGAUUGGAUUGCCCAGUCCUUGGUGAUCACAAGUACUCAGACUGGAACAGGCUGGCCCCCCAGAAGCUGUCUGCCUGCAUCCUGAAGAAGCUGGGGCUGCCGCAGUCCAAGGCCCGCCACAUCCCCCUUCACCUGCAUGCCUGCCAGCUGACUCUGCCUGCCCUUCAGGCCGGGAAGGAGGAACUCAACUUGGUCUGCAAGCCUCCUCGAUACUUUGUCCAUUCCCUGCACCGUCUGGGCUUAAAGAUGCCGAGUCGGGAUCAAAAUGGGGACGAGGAAGCCACACACUCAGGAGCACGGUGAAGACAGUUGGGCAGUUUGCCCUGAAUUCUUCUCUCUGUUUAAAGGACUCUGCUAACUUCUCACUUGGGACAGACUCCAGAAGAGCCAGGCUUGAUGAGUUGAAGAAGCAGCUGCUUCAGGGCUCUCACUGGGGACGAGUGUCUGUUUUUCGACACUCUGGCCACAUGCUGGAAAAGCCAGCAGGCAGUCUCCCUGCUUCAGAGUGGGAGAGAGCCCAGGACCAGGAGAACUAAAGCACAGAAUCUGUGAUCAGGAACUGUUUUCACCCAACAAUAAAGCUCUUGAUCUGUCAGGAAAGUUCCUGUGGUUGGAGAGAACAUAAUGGUUGUCUAGCUCAUAGAGAUUCAGAAGCAGCUUCUGCUGUCCUCAUGGAGCUGCAGGAUCUAUCAGCAAAGCCUUCCUGCUUUAUUUGUUCAGUCUCAGAUUUU